CAGUCGACGUCGAGUUGUUAAAGUGGCUGUGGAGUGGAAUUCAGUCGUUUAAGCUGUCAAAAAAAGCCAAAAAGGCGAUGUUACCGUUCGUUAUCGCUGGUCUACAGUAAAAGACGAAGAAAACCGCGUACGUACACGGUGGAUUUAACUAAUUUACGUGCUGUCGGUUCACGUCGCAGUGGUACUUUAAAUUAUUCAUGUGAUUUAAUUGAUUAGAACAUCAGACCUGCAGCUUCUUAUCAUAAUGAGGAAAAUUAACAAUCUACCUGUGAUGCCACUGCAUUUAAAUUGUCUGGCUUUACUUCUCUGUGUUACUGCAUCCACAGCCAUCGCUACUAUCAUCCCUUCGUCAACGAGUGCACCUGAAGUUGCGUCGGAUGUUCGAGUUCAGUGCAAUAACGAUCAAAUCGUUAUCAAUAUCGGCACCAUCUCAGGACGAUUUAAUGGAAUGGUUUAUCCCAGAGGGUUGUCCAAAAAUAGUUCUUGUUUGGGCGAAUGGAUCGAGACUAAAACACCCAUUGAAUACACGCUACCUCUUAGAGGCUGUAACACAAUGAGUACUGAUUUGGAGCCUACCUGUUGGAACAAUAACGGCAACCGGAUUCGUCGUCAAGCUGGUUCAGAAUCAGAUAAUAAGGAAGGAACUCCAGCCAAAAUCGAAUUAUUUACGGGACUUUAUGUUAACGAAGCAAAUGAUGUCGCCAAACCAGAGGAAGAAGACUCUGUAUUUAGUGAAAAGACCUCAGACAGCAUCUGCAUCUCUCAGAAAAGCUUUGCGAUUGGGAUAUGUAUAGCAGGUCUGAUUUUAAUGCUAUGCGUUGUGACUGCUAUUCUGUGCCUCCUAGCAAAGAGAAGAAAGAAGACAACAUCGCACUCUAGCGGUUCCAUCUAUAGCGGACCCUAUACUAAUACAGCUUAUAGCCAUACUAGUUAAAUAGUUUAGACAGUAGUUCCAAAAGCAACAGUUAGAGUUUUUAGCAUUUAUUUUCUACGGCAAUCGUACUUAAUUUAUUUGAAAUCUUUUAAAAGAUUCAUGAACUCUAAUUGAUUGAUGAAAUAUUUCGUGGACUUUUAGUUAUACUGCCAUGUUCGUUAAAUUCCAAGUUUUUGAGAUAGCUCAAAGUGCCAUAAAACUUGGCUGAUAUUGCUCACAUCGUUUUCUGAAUUAUUGAUGCCAGUUUCAUAAUUAAGAAAAGGAUGAUGCUACUGCUGUACACAUAUACACGUCAUAAGAUAUCAAUAACUUAAAAUUUUAUGAAAUUUUUGAGACUAUUCGUGUUCUCAUUAACCCACCUACACUGUUCGAAAUAAUGCCGAAGUAAUUGAAAACUAUAAUAUUUAAACGGAAUAUUUCCAAUUCGAGGCCUGAAAAAAAAAAUAAACUGCAGAAUUUCAGGAACAAAAAUUAUUUUGAUUACUAGAUGAAUCAGUUCGUACUAAAAAUACAGGAGGCAGAAAACAUUUUAGCCAGAAAAUGGAAAUCCAAAAAACAGGCAACCAAAAAUGCAAACCAAAGUCAUCAUUACAAAAAAAUGCUAUCAGCAUGAACAUAAGUCAACUUGGAUCAUUUUAAAUAUAGCUGAAAUAUUCCUUUAUCUAAUAUUUACUAUUUUUAAGGUUUUUGCAGAAGGAAACCGAUUUUUGUUGAAACAAAUUGAUAUUUGUGACGUGUAUAUUACAGACUGCUUUUUUUAAGUAAUAGUAAGGUUAAACUACAUAGAACCGUUGUGAUAAUAAAAACACGAGUAAUUACAUAGAUAUCGAUAGAAAAUUUAUGACAAAUCGAAAUUAUAACUCUUAACAGUGAAUAAUAACUUUGCAGGGUAAUGGUGAUGGGAUACUUAAACGUUAUUAGAAAAAAAUGAAACAAAUAUCUAGAAAAUUCAUACGAUAAUUUGAAUUUUUGGAUAUUUCUUUCUAUACUGUUCAACUGAAUAAACUAAUAGCAUCAAAAGAUCUAUCUAGAGUGUACUAUUAGUUUGUUCUAAAUAUAAGUACACAUUUUUCCUGAAACUUUUUGAUUAGUUCCAGUGAAAAUUAGCUGUAUUUAAAAUAUGUUUAGUUAAGAUUUUCAUAUCGUAAGUUUUAUAUGUUAUUGCAUAAACUGUUUUUGGUUUUGAAUCAUAGGCUCAUUGUUAUAAUGUAAAUACUGUGCAAUGGGAAUCUGGUUCCUAACCUGUUUGCGAUUGUGCAAAUCGUAUUUCAAAGGUUUUGUAGUAACAUUGUUCUAACAUAAUUAAAAGUAUUUUUAAACAU